AUGGAAAUGGCGUCAGAAACUACGGCUGCAGAGAACGGCUCGAGGAAAGGCCUUCAGAAGCAACGGCAGGAGGCUCUGGCAAAGGUGAUAUGCCAGCAGUUCUAUCAGAGCGAUCGCGUGAAGCAGUUCCAUCGCGCUCUCCUGCAGACGGAGGCCAUGAAGGAACUCGACGACCAGAUGACGAGGAAACAGAGGCUCCUCAGUGCCGCCAAGGAGGAGACCAGGAAGUUCAUGGCUGAGGUCAAACGCGAGGAGCUGCAGUCCGUGGAGCAGGAGCGGGAGACGGCCAGGCGGAGGGAGCGGGAGAGAGCGACCUACCGGGAGUUCCUGACGGAGCAGAUGAACGAGCAGGAGCUCAGGAGGAAGAGGAAGGUGGAGAAGGCCGAAGAGGUCAUUGAAUGCCAGAAAGAAUGCGAGCAGUACAAGAGGGAGAGGGAGAUGCUGAGCGAACAGAAGAAGGAGAAGAUGAUGAUGGCGAGGAAGGCCCACACGGAUCACCUGCGGGCGAUGAGCACCGCCCGGGCACUGGAGGCGGAGAAGCUAAAGAUGGAGGACGAGAGGAGGAGGUUCUUCGAAAUGGAGAGGGACAAAGUGGUGCUGAGGAAGCAGGAGAAGAGGGCGGAGAGACGCAGGGUGGCGAAGAGCUACAAGGAGAUGGUGGUGGAGCAGACGGCCACCGAGCUGCAGGAGAAAGCCAACAAAGAGGAGCGGCUGAGUGCCCAGAUCCUGGCCGACGGGCAGGCGGAGAGGGAGGCCGCGCUGCAGCGUCAGCGGCGGGAGCUGCAGGAGAAGAGGACGUCCAUGCGGAGCGCCAUCGCCGCGCACCGGGAGAGCAAGCGCUCGGCUCGGGAACGCCAGGCCGAGGAGGAGGACCGCAGCUCACGGGUCUCCCUGGACGCCGAGAAAGAGCGGGACCGGGCGGCCGCGGAGACGCAGCGCGUGGCGGCGCGGCGCCAGGGGGAGAAGCGCGCCGCCAUGGACGACUUCCUGCGCCGGCAGAUCGCCGAGAGGCGCGCCGGGGACCGCUUCCUGGAACGCCGGCAGCUGGACUCCGACAGGAAGUACGCGGAGCUGAUCGCCGAGGAGGAGGAGCAGUACCAGCGCUACACCGACGGGGUCAUCAGCGCCGCCCGGAAGGCCAACCGGAACACGUUCCCGCUCCUCCGGGCCGCCCAGCACGGGAUGUGGUCCGGAGUCGGCCCCAUUUACGGCGGGAUGAGGGCCAACUACUUGGUCCCUGGCGCCAGUUAUGAACAAAUGCCCAAUUACGUCAGCACCACGACCAAAGACCUGAAAAGACUAUAUGGGACUGAAGAGGGCCAGUCGGCCAUGAGACUGAGCUUCAUAUGGUGA